AUGACAGAAAUACUUGUCCGAACAGAGGCAAUAAGUAAACAAAAAGCAGUAGCACAGGAAAAACGUGCAGUUGAACUUAGUAAUAACUCCUCUGCACUCACCAUACUACUCCAAAAUAAACUUAAACGCUCUAAAUCGAGAGGGAGUAUAUUCAUUAAAGGCAAACAAGUAUACGAAGAUCCCAAACUUAUCACAGAAUUAUUUAGUGAACAUUUUUGUUUCUCACUAACUAACGAAAAACCAUUUAAUGAUUCAGAACCAAUCCCAGUAACUCCCUGUGAAAUUACUAAUGUAGAAUUCAGUGUACAAAAUAUCUCCAAGGCAAUCAGUACAUUGAAACACUCCUACACUGAUGGACCAGAUGGUAUCCCAUCUAGCAUGCUAAAACGUGGAGGUGAUGAUAUAAGUAACCUUGUUUGCACGGAGAUGACGCUCCGAGCUGGUGCGUCUAAUAUUUCUGUCCGAGCAUGGCGUCGCUACUUCACUCUAUCAUCUGUUGAUGCAGUCAUCGAAUUGAUGCGAGAAGUGUUUAUUAGUUGUGGAGUAGUUUUUUCUGAUGAGCAGACAGGAAUGAAGCAUCUGGAAACUAAUACCAUCAAUAACUCUGAGAUGUGUGACAUUGGAGUCGAUUCCUCCAUCAAAGAGCCUAAUUUGGCUUUCAUAUCUAUUGUAUUAGGUUACAUAGAAAAUCAUCUUACUUCUAGCACAUCAGAAGACUUUGAUUCCAUAAAACUAAAAAAUACUCUUCAUCGCAAACUUGUAUCCAGAAGAAAGGAAAAUUUACCUCAAAAUUACCCCCGUUCACGUUCAUCUUCUCUUACAAAAUCACAAUCACCCUUAUCUGUUCAUCUUGAAACACCAGAGGAACAGUCAGAAGGUUCUAAUGACCACCUAGAACUGAACAAUAAGUUAAGUUCUCUUCCCAGAUCUUUGUCAUCAAAUGUAUUCUUACAAGAAGCUAUUCACGAAUCUCCUGUAUGUCGUCGUCGUGCUAGACGAUUUGGUUCUGCUCGUCGUGUUCGUCAACAAAACGAGUCUGAAAUAUCUGCUUCUGCAGCAACUGCAAUUAAAUCCCCACUCACCAUUGCUGCUAAAGAUGAACCACUACAAAUACUCACAGAUAUACCAGUUAGAAAGCGACGUCGAUUUUCUGAUAGCACUAUACCAAAUUCAGCUUUUCCAUGUUUAACAUUUGAUGAACUUGAACGCUUGUAUUUAGAUUUCUACAAUCUCAUCACUAAUUCUCCUAAAUUGAAACCUUUUGUAGCAGACACAAUCAGUUUUUAUUAA